GUACGUUCAAGCCAAUCGUGCAUCACCACCUCUCCCAAUCAGGAUGCAGCCUUUCAGAACUUUACAAAGAUAUUGAAAAAACAAAAGCCAUUGAAGUUCUGUUUCUGCACAUACACACAUAAAUACAUUGCAUAGCUGAUAAGAUACAUAAUAGCAUGCAGUGUAUCUGCAACAACUGAGUGAUAAAUUAGGCAGCAGCAGCAGCAGCAGCAGAAGCCUGAGGGUGCGUUUAAAAAAUUUUCACCUCUUCUUAAUAGUGCUGUGCUGCUAUUGAUAUGAUGGGACUUUCUCUUUGGGUUUUGAUCGAUGCCGCUAUGCUCAUGUCCUUCAUCUGUGCUCUUUUGGACUUUUGCAAUUAACCAUUGGAGAGAGAGAUCAACUCAGACUCACUCCAAGACCCAUCAUUUUCUUUCUGCCUUCUUUAAUAUCCAUAUGAGGUUUUUCACUUAUGGGCCAAAACUAUAAUAAUACAACCCUUUUUUCGUGUUUGUGUGUGUGGUGUAGUUGUACACAUUUGCUGCUUUCUUGUCUUUUUCUGCCCCUUUGUCUUUUUUCAGGUACCAUUCUGUGAGUGAGUCUGCCCUCUUGAAACCUGUGAUUUUCCUUGGAGCCUUUAGGGGCCGGGGAAGAAUUUUCAAGCCUUUCUUCCUUUUUCCUGCGUGGUUUUCAAAAGGGUGUAUCAGGUUCCCGUUUCAGAAAUUUUCUCAAAACCCUUUCCUUUUUGGAGGUUUUUGAAACAAGGACAAGGCAGCAGAAGAGAUUGCAGAACUAAUAGAUACCAAUGGCAGAUUGGAGUGGUUUUCUGAACAAAAGCAGCGGUUUUGGUGGGGGAUCACCCAGGAAUGAAGAUUUUGACGAAGAAGAUGUGUGGGGUGGUGUGACCUUGGAGAGGGAGACUGACUUUUUCUGCCCAGAAAUGAAGCUAUCUAAGGACUCCUCCGAUUCUUCUUCUGCAUGGUGCAUGACAACCUCUCCGAGAAAGAUCCCAAGGACUAAUAAUGUCAAACCACACUCCUUGAAAUCUGAUUCAAAUGUGGUUCAAAGAUCCUCAGCACCUAUGGACAUUCCUGAUUGGUCUAAAAUUUAUGGGAAAAAGGGCAUUGAGGAAGAGGGUGUAAACAAAAAGUUUGAUUUUGGUUAUGGGGAUCACUGUCUUGAUGAUUAUGAAGAUGAUGAUGAUGGUAUGAUUCCUCCUCAUCAAUGGAUUUCUAGGAAACUUGCAAGGAGCCAGAUUUCAUCUUUCUCUGUGUGUGAAGGGAUAGGGAGAACACUGAAAGGGAGAGAUCUCAGCAAAGUGAGAAAUGCUAUUUUGACCAAAACAGGUUUCAUCGAGUAGUUGGUGGAUUCACCACUAUGACUCAUGCUCAUGUCAUCAUCCUCAUCAGCAUUGUCAUACUAGGAUCCCAUGCAAUCUUUUUUAGGUGUUUGAUUAUUGCUACUCAUGUAUGGAAUGUGAGGUCCUGCUGCUGUGGAAAUUGUUUUUCUCUUUUCUUGUUUUGUUUUGUUUUGUUGUUCUAAAUUUUCUGGGAAAAAGAGGUUUUAGGGAAAGGAAAAAGGAGGAGUGGCAGCCUCUGAAAUUUUGUCUGAAUCUGUAUUGUAUUGCACUAAGGCCAGUGGAGUACACUCUGUGUUCUUACUGAGUUUAAUAGUCUUCAUGUUUUUUCACUUAUCAUUAGUUA